AAGAGUAUCUUAUACAAAGAAAUACUAACCAUUCCCACAUUUUAGUAAUCAUAGAAAAAUACCGUAUGAGAGAAAGGACAAAUAAAUACUUUUAUCUUUUUAGUAAGGUUUUUACAUAUUCCAUUUUAAUAUGGAUAUGGCAGCGUUUCGAGGAGUCACCUUCCUGCGGGAAACCAUGGAACACAGAAGGCAAACAAAAUGACUCUUCGGGGGUAAGGGCUAGUAGAUUACUAGUGGGAGACGCCAUUAUGGAAUUUCAACAGGGCUAUCCGGAACACAGAGAAAGAUAUAUGGUAGCCCCAGGAGGUCACAGAGAAGGUGAAUUUUCACACCACUUACCUUCAGUGCUGAAAGAUAGACGUAUUCGAAAGCAAAUUAAAAAAGUGCUAAAAAGUAAAAGACAACACGGCCAAACAAAUGAUUUAAGGUUUAAUAAUACUAUUGAUAAACUACAAAAUUUAUUGCAAGGUAAGAGAGGCUAUGCGGAAUUAUCGCAUAAACACUUUCCUAAUAAUAAUUAU